AUGUUCCUGAUGCUGCACGGAAACACCCAGUUCUACAACGAAUUCCGCCACACUGUGGAAGACGAUCAGUUCACUAGCGUCCUUGCUCCUGGUGAGAAUGGCUACGACUUUAAGCUGGUCAGCUGCAUGAUCAAUCUGCUGCUGGACCGAUUGGUGUUCAACACGCUUUCGUUCUAUCACAUCUUCCCUACCUUCGGAGCCUUUGUGCUCCAGACGCUCCAGCAGGAAGAAACGCUCGGAUUGGCGCAGAGUUUCGAUGAUGUGCUUCAUAACACUGCCUUGCUGGAUUCCAUUCGCGUGGUUCGCCCUGACUUCUUGACCGUGCUCUUGUUCUUCAUGCUGCGCACCGACGCACAGCUGCAGAACCACUGCUUGACCUUGCUGAAAGCCUUGCUGGAGUCAAAGAAUCAGCAGCUGAACCUGAUUUCGAUCACUUCGCAGAGCAAGAGUCUCGUCGAUCUGCUGCUCGACCACCUGGAGGAGUUCCACACGUCGAACAUCAACCUGGUGUUGGACAUUAUCAAGAGCAUUGCCAAGUACAACAUCACCACACAGCAGCUCAAGAAGAUCUUCCGUCUGCUUCACACGCAGGGCAAUCACCGUGCGCGCUACUCGAACCAGAUCCUCGUAAUGUUAAACGAGCUGUACGAAGCAACCGAUUCGAGCCGUCCGGACCACAGCUUCCUGCUGACGCCUUCGUGCUCAGGAAUCAAAGUCGUCAGCAUGGUUCGGAACCAGAGCAUGGACGGAAUUCUCCGCUUCCCCAAUGUUGGAUUCACGAUUUCCUUGUGGUUCAAUGUCGCCUCGUUCCUUGCAAAUUGGAUUAUGGACGGCGAGUUUGGUAUUCCCCAUCUCUUCUCUGUGAUUACGGACACCGCAGCGUUUUUGGUGUUCAUCCAGGACGCGAGCUUGGUGAUCAAGUACUACCAGAACGGUAAAGAGGUGACGAUCCCUGCCACGAAUCUUCCGAUCUCGGAGAAUCGGUGGUACCACUUGCUCAUCACUCAGCAGAACAAUCGCAUGGGAAAGCCUCACCCUCUGACUGUUAUGCUCGACGGCAAUUGCUCGUUCGAGUAUGCUUGUCCCUACCCCGUCUUCACCUCCUCUCCGAAGAUCUACAUCGGUACUCGCGGCGUUGAUCUCGCGUACACCAACAUUCCUACCACCUACACCGACUUUAACGGAGAGAUCGGUACGGUAUAUCUGCUGAACCGAGCCAUCGAUAAGCGCCAGGCCAAGGGAAUCCACUUGCUUGGUCCGAACUACAUGUUUAACUUUGAAACCCUGCAUAUGGAGUCGUUUGCUCUCACGGAGAGACGUUCGUUCAGCAAGGAGGAGUUGGACACGAUCCGUUCUGUGUGCGAUGGCUCGUUAACGCCCUCGAUUUUGGUGAAUUUGUCUGCUUGCGUGCUGGAUAAGGAGCAGAAGGUGAUCGAUAACACGCCUCCGCAGUAUCGUCAGCAGAAGUGGCUCAGCUCGGUGAUGGGAGUGACCAUCGGCAAGGACAGCAAGGAUCUCUUCUUUGCACAGCAUGUGAACGGCGUGCUCUUGGCAGGAACGCACGUCUCUUCCACGCGGCAGAUUUCCACGAUGCUUGACUCGCUUGGCGGCAUCAAGCUCUUGUUCCCCUUGCUUCCACAGCUCGACUUGCUCGAGCCGGAUGCGGACGAAGCUGCCUUUGGCGUGUCUCCCACGUUCACUUCGGAGUGCUAUUCGUUGCUAGGCCAGGCCGUUGUCAGCAACGCGGGCUCGCAGCGCUUCAUGCUGCAGCAUAAUGGAUUUGGCAUUCUUGCUUAUCUGCUGCAGAAAACAUCGCCAGAGAACCUCACGGAGUUGCUCUUGAACCAAAUGGUCAAUCUGCUUCAGAACGCCGAGUUGUCCCGCGAGCUGCACGAGCAGAUCUUCAAGGCCUUCUUCUAUAAUCCAGGCCUGUGGAUCUACACGUCUGCGUCGUUGCAGGAAAAGGUAUAUGGAUUCCUGCUGGACAUCCUGAAGUCGAACGACAGUCCGGAGCUGGUCUCGAUCGUGAAGAACGUGGGCAUCGAAGGGUUCUGCUUCAUUUUGCGCUACUUCUACUCGGACAUGGAGAUCGAGAUCAGCGAAGAGCUGGCCGACGACCGAGACAUUAUUCGUCAGUGGCUGACUCUCGAUGACGAGUUCAAGCAUCCUCUCUCGGGCGAGGUCGUGGGAAAGAAGCCCACGCAAGAGGAGAAGGCGGCGGUUCGCAAGGUGCUGAUGGAGAUCAUCACCACGUUGAUACAAGACCGAAGCACAAUCACGAAGGCCACUUGCUUCAAUCUUGCGUACUGCAUUCUGUGGUGCCAGCGAAACAAGGACCAUGAGUUGCUGCUGGCGUUCAUUGAUCUUCUGAAUCAGAUUCUCCACAUGGAAGGAAUGGGCGCGUUCUUCAUCGAGAGUAUGGCCGGAUUUAGUCAUGUGUCGCUGGAUGUCGCGGCGACUUCGAUGACGGCGGAGGAGCAAUCGAUGCCCGUUGUCGAGAAUCGCGAGCUGACUGCCGGAAUCCUGCCUCUGUUCCUGACGCUGGUUCGAUCGGGAGAGAAGGACGUCAUCGUGGAAAUGCUCCGCAUGUUCGUGUGGGUCGUGACGCUGUGCGAGCAGUCUCCGGAUGGACGACUGUGGAAGUCGCUCGGAGUGCAGCGUCUCAAUCUGCACGUCAUGAUGGACUAUAUUUCGCGCUAUGUCACAAAGGAAGCGAUGAGCGAAGAUUUGAUUCGCUUCCUGUUCGAAGAGAUGGUGGGAUCGAAGCAGAUCGAGGAGAAUGAUAACCUGACGAUGAAGAGAAUGGUCUUCAUCCCGCUGUUCUUGCAGUUGCUGCCUCUGCUCGAUAGUCAGACGGUCUUGAAGUACUACACGCUUUUCAUCAAUCUCUUCACCAACAUCAACGCCUCGCUCAACCUGAAGCAGCUUCUCAGUCUGCCCGUGUGGUGUGACUACAUCUUCUCGUUCAUCUGCGUCGUGCGCAAGCAGUUCCAGGAUAUCGUAGAGAGCGUUUGGGGACAGCUGCAGACCUUGCUGAUUUCGAUCGUGGCUUCCUCUGUGGAGAAGUACAUGUACAACAACACGGUGAAUUUCGCCGAGCUGCAGAAGGACAGAGAGAGCGAGCAUCUGAUCUCGACCAUCUUCAGAGCCAUUCUCCAUUAUAUUGACACCAACGAGUCCCCGAAAUCAGGCGAGGGCAGUUGGAGCAAGGGAUUCUACGCCGAUUUCUACGUCCAGGUGGUGAAUCGCAUCGUCAACUCGUUGGGCAUGCCUGGAGACAAGUCGAGCUUCCUCGUGACCGUGCAGCCGGUCGUGGUUUACCUCUAUCAGCAUCUGGUGCACAUGCUGGAUCCGAAGGGCGAGUCGGACCAAUCGGGACAGCCGGACGAGUUCGAGGUGGAGCGGAAUCACUACAACUGGCAGCUGAUGUACCCCUUCAUCACCCUCACCAACUCGAUCAUCGAUACGAUCGGCAGACUCCCGGCCGAGACCGUGAAAGCAGCGAAUCUCCAAGGCCUGCUCCAGCAGUCGUACACGAUGAGUCUGAAGCUGAUGCUGAAUGUGCUGCAGCGCUACAAUCUGAUCAUCAACGAGCAUUCUGCGAUCGACGAGGGCGCUGUCUCGGGUCCUUCGCCCCUCGACGACUUGCUGGGCGGAAUGGGUGUUGGAUCGACCUCUGCGCCUACCGCGCCUGCCUUCGAUCGAUGA